ACAGUAAAUACUAUGAGCUCUACCUCCUUCCCUGUCGCUGAAGCGAUGAAAGCAGAGGUAAAGAUCGCGACGAGUCCGUGGAUGGUCCAUAAAACCGUUCGUUAGCGCUGUGAUAUUCAUCUAUCAGCAGCUAGACUGCUGAGGUCGAAGCACGCCGGUGGUUUAGUCGAAGACAUCUGUGUCAGAGGGGAACCUGAGCAAGCUGAGAGAGACAGAGGGGGGUUUGUCGGCCCACUGCAGUCUGAAUCACCGGAGACUCGCCCCACCGCUGGUCCAUCAUCGACGUCGUUGGCCUAUCGACGUGCGCAUCCUCUCGGAGGCAGAAAACAACGGGAAGGGACGGGACCCAAGCCCGUGUUUGGCCCUCUGCCGCAGCCCCGAGGUGCGGUGCUCGGCAGAGCAUGUUAAAUAAUGACCCAAAGGGACACGCUGGUUCAUUUGUUCGCUGGAGGAUGUGGAGGUACAGUGGGUGCUAUUUUAACUUGUCCUCUGGAAGUGGUGAAGACCAGGCUGCAGUCCUCCACCAUCACUCUCUAUGUCUCUGAAGUUCAGCUCAGUGCCGUCAAUGGAGCCACUGUGGCCCGUGUUGCUCCACCAGGGCCUCUGCACUGUCUCAAGUUAAUUCUAGAGAGAGAGGGACCCCGUUCACUCUUCAGAGGACUGGGACCCAACCUUGUAGGUGUGGCACCUUCUAGGGCGAUCUACUUUGCGGCCUAUUCAACAGCCAAGGAGAAGCUGAAUGGGGUGCUGGAGCCAGACUCUACCCAGGUGCACAUGGUGUCAGCUGGGAUGGCAGGGUUCACCGCCAUCACAGCCACCAAUCCCAUCUGGCUGAUAAAGACCCGUUUGCAGCUGGAUGCCAGAAACCGGGGUGAGCGGCGAAUGAAUGCGUUUGAGUGUGUGCGGCGGGUGUACCAGAUGGACGGCCUGCGAGGUUUCUACAGGGGCAUGUCAGCCUCGUACGCUGGCAUCUCUGAGACUGUUAUCCAUUUUGUCAUCUAUGAGAGCAUCAAACGUAAAUUGCUGGAGGCCAAGGCCCACGCCAGCAUGGACGAAGAGGAUGAGUCUGUCAAAGAUGCCUCAGACUUUGUGGGCAUGAUGCUCGCAGCAGCCACCUCCAAGACUUGUGCCACCUCCAUCGCCUACCCUCACGAAGUGAUCCGCACCCGGCUACGAGAAGAAGGCAGCAAGUAUCGCUCCUUCUUCCAUACUCUGCUCACGGUACCCAGGGAGGAGGGAUACCGGGCGCUGUACCGCGGCCUGACCACCCACCUCGUCAGACAGAUUCCCAACACGGCCAUCAUGAUGUGCACCUAUGAAGUGGUGGUCUACCUGCUUAGCUGUUAGCCCAACACGCGCGUCUCCUUCCUGUUUAAAUAGGGAGACAGUGAGCAAGUGACUGAGGGGGAUGCCCUUUGGCAAGUGGGGGUGAAAUGUCGAAAUGAAGACUGAACUUGACAGGAAAGAUGAUACUUGGCAUUACUUGUCUGCACCAGUCUGCACUUGCUUUAGUGCUGUGAAAUUACUGUAUGAUUAGAUGACUGGCAGUUAAGAAAUGUCCAUUUAAGGUCGAAUGUCAGAGGGAGGUUUUCAUUUGAAGCAAAGGCUCAUUGUUUUCAAGUCACCUAAUCCCACCCAUCUUUGCACUACAGAAAGUUUGGCUUCAAGCAUUCCCCCUCUGAAUGCUGCAGCCGCCCUCCCUCUCCAACGGCCUGAAGCUCAUGCAGUGCACUUACUGUCCAAAAACAAUGAAACACAGUAAUGAGCUUGUGAUGGCCUGUCGCUCAAAACACACACCUCAGACACUAACUGGUGUUAGAAAGAGUAGUUUGCUGACUUUACUUCAUUGUUUGAUUUCUCUAUUGCUCAGUGCCUGGUAGUGAUGUGCUCUGGGUGAAGUAGGCCUGUGGUGUUGACACAAGGCCAACUUCUUCCAGCACUCAGUCACUGCUCGGGACUUGAAAAUCUUAGGUGAACAUGAGACCAACGUGUCUUUUCUGAGAUGUGAAGAGUGUGACUGUCCAAAAGGUACCAAGACUAAGUAUCUACCAUUGGAGUGACGCUACUUGAAUAUAAUGUGACAGUGUGGGGAAGAUGUUUGUGUGGGAAAAUGUUGAUGGAGUUUCAUCAUCACCCCAUAACCUCUGUGUGUGUGUGUGUGUGUGUGUUUGUGUGUGUGUGUGUGAGUGUGUGUGUGAGUGAGAGAGAGAGAGAGAGAGAGUGUGUGUGUAUAUGUGAGUCUAAUAUGUUAGUCACUUUCACUGUGAUGGUCUAUGUUCAAGAAUGUGUGUGCAUCUUCAGUCAUGUGUGCCUGCAUGUAUAAAAAUAUCUACUCCAGAUUUCCCUCCUCUAACUAUUAAUCUUGCAAGACACUGUGGGUGUGGAAAAGCUCCUGUACAGGGGGCUUUCAUUACCACCCUCAUGCCAGUCUUUCCUUCCAGUGGCUUCCAUCUGACUUGAUAACAUGCACUUUUGUGGCCUUUUAGGGCUUGUGCUUUGCAUUUUAUUGUGUGGAGAGUUUCAACUUGUACAUUGUAAAAGAAAAAAAAGUAUUACUGUAUAUCAAAAUGGUAUUUUGCGCAACUGUUCUUAUAGCAAAUAUAUUGUACAGUUUGAAGUUCUCAGUAGUUGUGAAGGAUGUCCAAAUGUGUUUAUAUUAUAUAGAUACUGUAUAUGCAUAUCAUUUAUGUUUUUUUUCUUGGGCCCGUGUAGGAUCAUGCUGUAGUUUGCCUUUGCAAAUGAUUGUUUUCAUUUUUGUGCAAUUUAACCUUGUUUUAACAUAGACUGAUUUUUCUUAAAAGUUCUGUUUUUUUUUCUGCAUUCAUACAUUGCCGUAAGCUGCCAUGCAAACAUUUGUGCAUACACAAAGUCUAACCAAAGCUGCAGUACAAAUAUUUCCGUGUGAACAUCAGUGCUGGAGCGUUGGUUAGUCAUUUUGCAGCAUAAAAAGUGUUCCAUUUUGCAAAGUUUGGAUGUUUCUGUCAUUCGUGAUGUUUACAUUGCUCCUUAAUGUCUGUCAGAUUAUUUUUGGUUCUCUUAGCAACACGCUUUGCGUAUCUACAAGUGUUUUAAUGUGAGAGUUCAAGAACUGGAAUGUGUGCAGAGUACCACAGUGAGCUGGGAUUGUUAAAAACUGAAUCUGAAAGCUAGAGAAAUUGCUAAAAUAAUCUGUUACUGAAGAGAGGGACAGUAAAUGAAGCUAUCACUUCAAAAAGUUCACAUGGCCAAAAAUGUAACACAUGAAUUUUUUUUCAAAUAGUUUCUAAGCACCUUAUCAAAUUUCCUAUUUAAUUUUUGAUAUUGUUUAUUAUCCUUUUACAUGACAUUUAAAGCUUCUCUGGACAGAGAAAAGCCAUCUCACCCAGCUGCUGUCUCACUGCACACUCAUUCUUCAUGAGGAUAAUGUUCUGUGAUAAAGUCCACCCAGUUGCCAUGUUUAAAAAAAUGUAUUUCUCUUAGCAGUUAGAGAAAAUCUGGUGCAUUUACCUGUGAUGUUCUUGAGCACUCUCAUCCCCCUCUUCCUUGCAACAUAAUUUCAGAAGCAAACUGAGGUGCUGUAACAUGUAAUAGUUAUUGAUUUUCAGUCUCCAUUGACAUGUUGCUAGCCCAUAGUUGCUGUCAGUGCUUGAAAAAAAAUUGCUGACUCAUCUUAACGUCCAUGUUUUCCUAUAGAACACUAAUAGCUUUUAUGUCUCUGGCUCCAUUGCAGUAAUACUUACAAAAUGUGACAUGAACAGACAACUGGACAAACAGUACAAAUGUUUCAUUUUUUUUACCUCUCAUUUCAGUGUCUGUAUGCAAUUCAAUCUGUUUGGCCUGUAUGCUUGGACAGGAUGCAGCCUCAAGCAGGUUUGAAUGAAAUCUGGAAGAUUGGUUUUUGCCAGCUCAGUUAUUGAUGUGUUUUUGUUUGUUUUUAAACACAAAAGUAAAUAAAAAUCAAUUUUCAACUAAA